AUGUCUUUCGGCUUAAACAAAACUACUACAACAGGCUAUGGUACUUCAGCCACAGGAACUGGAUUAGGUACAUCAAGCACAAGUACGUUUGGAAAAACAGGAACAACCGGUUUUGGAACACAAGCUAAACAGCCAACAUACCAAGCACAGCUUGCCAAAGAUCCUCUUUUCGAUAGACUUUGGAAUGUUAGAUCAGCUUAUGAUCCAUCUUCUCCAGGAUAUAAAUUUUGCUAUGUUUUCUACAACAAGAGAACUUCAGAUCAACAACCAAAAUGCCCUGCAAACAUGGAGAUAAAAGAUUGGGUUAAGAUCAUGGAAGAUUGUCCAGAUCCUGAGCAUUUAGUACCUACAGCAAUUUAUGGCUUCGAAGCCCUCCACAAGAGAGUUGAAGCUCAAAAAGCAAUCGAAAAAGAAUUGUCUCAGCGAAUGACUCUUAUCCAAUCGAAAUUACGCGAAAUGACUUCAUUUUAUGCAACAGAAUUAUGCGGUUCCCUUGAGAGAAUUAAGCAAAAUACUACAAUCAUCUCCCAGCUCAUGAUGGAAGUUGUAGAAAAAGAAGAAGUUAAACGUAAUCAAGGAAACAAUUUAAACGACGACGAAAGGCGAAUGUUGAAUAAGCUUGAGCAACAGAGCCUGGAUUUGAACCGCCCUGGUAUGUUUAACAGCGCAAUUUCGAAUAUCAGAAUUAAAAGUCAAAUGAUGAAAGAUCGCCAGAAACAGCGCUCCCAAAUGUCUGUCGAUCGCGAAACAUUGAAGUCCUUGGCUGAAGCGCUCAAGAAUAACCAAGAUGCAAUAGAAGCACUCGAAUCAACGACAAAGAAGGCCAAACGAGUCGUUGAUACACUUGAUUUGUCAAUUUCUGACCUCCAAUAG